AUGGACGUGAUCGCCCUUCUGGCGACGCUUGUGUUUUCCUGCCCGAACUUGGACUGGAGCCCGAUCGACCACCUGGAGACGUUCGCCGGGCAGUGCGCCGUGACAAAGGCAGAAUGGCAGGCUGGACGCAAGGCGGUCCCUUUCGAGAUCUUGGUUGGGGGCGAUUGCAUGGACUUCUGCUCUCCGGCGGGCUUCGCCAACGCAGUGUGCCAGACACUGCGAACCUCUCCUGGGGGAGGGGCGCUUCACGCACCCGUUUGCAGCACUUGGGUGUUCAUGUCGAGGGGAUCGACUCUCAGGUCGCCCACAAGGCCACUUGGCCGCGGCGACAGCCAGAAAGUGGCCGACGGCAAUCUGCACGUGGCUCGCUGCGCGGUGCUUUGCAUUCUCGCUGCUGCCAAGGGCAUCUUCUGGCUUCUGGAGCAGCCGUCGACUUCGAUCAUGGAGACCCACCCAUCCUUCCAGAAGAUGCUCAAGAUUGUACACGUGCGGAAGCUCAUCUUCGACAUGAAGGACUUCGGAGCAAACACCCAGAAGCGGACCAUACUGUACAGCAGCCACGAAGAGGUGGACGACCUCCUGCUGCACAAGCAUCCUCGCAAGCGGUGCCACUCAAAGGAGAUGGUUAUCCGCUACACGGACUCCAGUGGAAAAUCGCGUUGCAAAGGAGGACGGGAUCUCAAAAUGAGCCAGACCUAUCCUCGGGAGCGCCUUGCCUAA